GAGAUCUACAGGCACAGAUUGGUACGGCGCAGAAGAUGACGUGUUAGUCGGUUGCUGCCUUCUGCCUAACUGGAUGUUAACGGGCCGGAUACAUACAUGAUGUCCAGCAGCUCACUCCAGUGCUACAGUCCCAAUAGCUCUCGAGGCUCCAACCGCUCCGUUCCAAUACCCCUGGAGCCGCUGAAACAAGGCCACCGAAUGGAUCCCCACGAGAGGAUUUUCCUGGACGCCGCAGAAAGAGGAGACAAGGCCACAAUGAUAAGAUGUUUGCAAGGACCAAACAAGGUCAACGUUAACUGCACCAAUAUUCUUGGUCGAUCAGCCAUCCAGAUUGCGGUAGAUAACGAGAACGUUGAAAUAGUGGAACUUCUUCUCCAGCAGGAUGGCGUCAAGAUCGGAGAUGCUCUAUUGUACGCCAUUCGCGAGGGUGUGUACAAGAUCGUAGAAAUGCUUAUAGACCACCAUAGUAUCAGUAGGGACAUGCUUGGGAUGGACUGGAGUCAAAAUCAACCGCCAGGAGAAGAAAGCGCGGAUUAUUCUGCAGACAUCUCUCCGGUUAUCUUGGCCGCUCAUUGCAACCAGUUCGAAAUUCUCCAGUUGCUCCUGUCGAGGGGCGCCAAAAUCGACAAACCUCAUGACAUCACCUGCACGUGCACGCGUUGCCGCAAUCAGGUCAUCAGGGACAGUUUACGACACUCACUACGAAGAAUUCACACAUACCGAGCCCUGGCCAGUCCGGCCUGGAUCUCCCUCACCAGUUCGGAUCCAAUAUUGACCUCGUUUAAACUUUCGUGGGAGCUCGAAUGCCUGGCGUCAAGGGAAAAUGAGUUUAAGGAUACGUACAUGCAACUGAGUGAGCAAUGCAAAACAUUUGCUUGUGAUUUGUUGGAUCAGUGUCGGACCACAGAGGAAGUGAUAGAAGUCCUGAACAGAGAUCACCACGAUAAUAUUAACGGCGACGAAAGAUAUCCCGACCGCUUUACCUUGGACAGAUUGAAAUUUGCAAUAAAAUAUGAGCAGAAGCAGUUUGUCGCUCACCCCCACUGCCAGCAGCUUCUUACGUCAAUCUGGUACGCAGGUCUUCCGGGCUGGCGGAGACGCAAUAGCAUCAUGAAAUUCCUUACCUGCGUUGGUCUCAUAUUUCUCAUGCCAUUCCUCUCCUUCGUCUAUCUCAUCUUUCCCAGAAGCCGCAUCGGGCAGCUGGUCCGGAGUCCUUUUAUGAAGUUCCUAUACCACAGCACGUCAUUUGGCGUGUUUUUGUUUCUGUUAGCCAGCGCCUCGGCCAAUGACAAAGAAGGAAAUGCCCGGAAGCGAGGCCCACCACCUACCGCACUGGAAGGGCUGAUUGUAAUCUUUGUUACAGGUUUCAUUUGGGCAGAGUGCAAGCAAUUAUGGGAGGAAGGCUUGAAGGCCUACAUACGGCAAUGGUGGAACUGGUUGGACUUCAUCAUGCUGUCCCUUUAUCUGUGUACCUUCUCUCUACGGACAGUGGCGUUCAUACAAAUCCAAUCCGGAGAUUAUGGCCCAUCCGAACUUGACCGGAAGUACUGGCCCAUGGAAGACCCGACUCUGAUCUCCGAGGGUUUAUUUGCUGUGGCCAACGUGUUCAGUUUUGCACGAAUCAUUUACCUUUUCCUGGCCAAUCCAAACCUUGGUCCGUUGCAGAUUUCUCUUGGGUGCAUGUUGAUUGACAUUGCUAAGUUCUUGUUUAUUUUCAUGCUAGUGUUGGCGUCAUUUGCAUGCGGACUUAACCAGUUGUAUUCGUCUUAUCAACCACCUGAUGGAUCCACAGCGCCGUUUUACACGCUAGACCAGAGUGUAGGCACGUUAAUUUGGUCGCUGUUCGGUUUGACACAGUUGAAGGACAUCAACAUAAAAGAUGGACAGCCGUUCACCAAGGGGAUUGGGGAGUUGCUGUUUAUGGUGUACCAUGCCAUGGCAAUCAUAGUCCUAAUCAAUAUGCUAAUUGCCAUGAUGUCAAGUUCCUUUCAGGACAUUGAGGCACAUGGCGACCGUGAGUGGAAAUUUGCGCGUACAAAACUUUGGACCAGUUACUUCGACGAAGGGUCUACGCUAUCGCCCCCUUUCAACCUCCUAGUUAGCCCCAAAUCGGUGUACUAUUGCAUUGUAGCUAUAAAGGACAGUGUAUGCAAAUGCCGGGAACGAUUCCACCGGAAGUCAGAGGAGCAAUCCAAGAGAACAGCGAAUGGGAAAGUUAAUACAGACUCCAGCACCGUUUAUACGGGUCCAAACUACAAGGACAUUAUGCGGCGCCUAGUAAGUAGAUACAUCCUACAGUUUAAGAAGCAGAGCAGCCAGGAUGGAGUCAAUGAAGAUGAUUUGUUAGAAAUCAAACAGGAUAUAUCGAGCCUGAGGUUUGAGCUACGCGAGGACCGUAAACGCGAGAGCGGCAUAACAACUGCUCAUAUGGAGAGAAUUAAGAAAGAUAUCAUGAAGAUGCUUCAGAAUAACAAUGCCAGUUCCAGCCAGCUUCACCCGACCAGCCCAGUGCCCAGUUUGUCCGAGUCCCGGAGCAUUAGCCCAGUAACGCAUUACACGCAGAAUGACCAACGCCCAAAUGCCCUGCAGUUGUCCCCCCACGCGCAGCACGAGACACAAGCCCAAGUAGAGCAGCAGCCCCCUCAUCACGACUUAAAUCUUGGGAAACUCCAGACGCACCAACCGGCACAGGUUUCGAAGCGCGAUUCGCCCCCUGAUCAUUAUGAACUGACGCAGACGCGGUUCGAUACCCAGCACGACCAAAUGGCACAACAGCAAAAACUGUUGGAAGAGCUAAAACGUGAUAUCAUCGAGAGCGUUAGAGCGGAGGUCAGAGGUAUACUUACGGAGAACGCCAGCUUAAAAGCGCAGCUGCAGGCGGGGGUGACGCUCUCGGCAGUGGACUUGCUUCCGCCUUUCAACUCCGAAUUGUAUCACACUCAUUUGUACACUCAACUUUAAAGUGCCGAAAUAAUUCUAAUUACAUUGCACUGUUUAUGCAAAUGUCUGCAAGGGAGAACUUCUGGACGCAAAAAGACAUGAGAAAAUUAAGACUUGCAUGGAUUGUGACAUUCCAAGUUGCACCGAAUUUUCAAUUUUAUACAGUAGUCUUCAGUUGAGUGUAAAAUGAGGGUUUGAUCAUAUUAAAAUCGCAAUUUCAAAAUUUGGUUAUUACUUUGUAGGAUUAUUGAUGGUAAAUUGUAGACAACGGAGGAAAAUUUUCCAAAUGCGACAUUCAGAUAUAGUACACAAGAAUGUCAGAGCUAAA